AUGACUGCAACACAUCCCUACACGAUUCCCGUUAUUUCGGGCGAUUUACGCCGCGCCGAAUUCGUUAAACAACUGGCGGAUACAUUCGAUUAUAUGGACACUGUAUCUCAAGAUAUGUUUAAUCGUAUUGCUAUUCGUCUUAACAUUUAUCGUGCGCAGUUAAAUAAAUUUGACGAACGCAUUCAACAUGCUAACGCUCAUAUUGAUCGUAUUAAAGGUUCAAAGCGUGCUAUUCAAGUACAUUCGAGUGCACGCUAUCCGGUUGAACAAAAUCGGUCGACAUACAAAUCAAUAUUUGAAUGUGAUACCGACAAUGAAGAUAAUAGACCCCCGGUACUUCACUAUAAUUUAUUUCGUUUAAAUGAAACAAACGAUAGAUUCAUUGAUCGUAAUGACAAAGAAUCGAAAUCGAAAGACGAUACAUUAGUUGUAUUAAAACAAUAUGAUGAUAAUUUUAUUCAAAAAACAAAAAGAAACAUUUUGCAUGGCUUAGGAAAGCCACCAACGAAUAUUAAAUCAGUUGUUUCAUUUCUUAAAUAUAACACACCGGAAAAUCCUUAUACACAGCCCACAAAAAUUGACCCAUUAAAUGUUGGCGGACGAAUGCGUAAACAAGCCGAUGAACCUACUCAACCACGUAUUGUCGAAACUCCAUUACCUGCGUUUUAUUCACAACGGUCGGAACGUCCGAAAAUAGGUGAUUUCGGUUAUAAUCCUACACUGGGUAUUGUACCUCAACUUAGUCUUCCUGACAACCUACCGGAACUGGAUAAUUAUGCGACGUUCGAUGAGAAUACGACUAAUGAUUGGUCGGGUCAACAAAUGACGUCGAUUGCACCUUCAUAUGCUAUUUCAAUGUUACCAGAUAUUAAUGAUCUAUCGUCAUCAGCAACAACAACGACUCUGCCUCCAGUUGAACCUCCAAGAACAACUGCAUUGGCUCCUCCGCCGGUUGACAUACCGGCAAUCAUUCCGCUAACAUCUACUUCAAAUACUGCUCCACCUCCAGCUCCACUACUACCACCACCUGCUCCUCCAUUGUCUUCGACAGUUCCUUCAAUUUUAACACCACCGCCGCCACCCUCAUUAGCUGCUAAUGAAUCGCAAGGAUCGGCUAAUAAUGCAGCUAAUAACAACGGUGACGACAAUGACGAUGAUGAUGGUGGUAAUGCGUUCCUUGCAGAAAUUCGUAAUUUUUCAAAAGCAAAUAAACUGAAAGCAGCAUCAAAAUCAAAUCCAGUCGAUAAUGCACCAUUACCACCGUCACAUGAACAAGAAAAUAUUAUGGAUACUCUAAAGAAACGUUUAAUGCAACGACGUGGUUUCAUCACUGGCGAAUCUGUGCCAUCGUCAGCUGCUGUUGAAAAACCUAUACCUGCACCACCAGCACCUCCACCAGCAACUGGCGGUGCAUUUACAGAUGCCAUUGCAGAUAAAGCAAAACAAAUUGCUGCUGAAAAACUACGUCAAGCAGAUAGCUCAGAUGAUGAUGAUAACGACAAUGAAGAUGAUUGGGAAUAG